AUGGGAUUCGACCCAGCCAGCCUCGCUGAAUGCGGCUCUCAGGAGUGGCUGGAAAUUGGCGAGACCAGCCAGCCGUAUGCAGGCAGGCGAGGCGGGGGCGCCAGCUCCCGCAUCAGCCUGCAGAUGCUGCGCAGCGCCUCCCUGCCCUUGGGCUACGGCUUCCACUUCGACCGGGACUUGCGGCGGGUUGUCCUGCGGCACGUCUCGGGGGUCGUGAUCCAUGGACAGCCGCUGCUGGUGUCCUGCGACGGCACGGCGUUCGACGCCGAGUUGUCCUACCACUACUGCUCACUGGAGGACUUCUGUGCUUUGAUCCAUCAGCACCAGUCGCUCUCCCCGAGCAUCUGGACGCACAGGCACACCACGAAGCGAGAGCCGAGCGCCUUCCAGGGCCAGGAGCUCGCUCGCGCGCUCAAGGCGGAGACACUUUGCUGCGCACCGCUGCGGCAGGCGCCGCCUUUGGGCACUGUGCAGUCGGAGGAGGCAGAUGAUGAACCCCUUCUGCUAGGACGUGAAACGGAUGAGGAAACGGCGCCAGCUUUGGCCGUCGAGCCGCGGGCUGAAGGUGAGAGUGUGGUGAUCCCCCUGCUUCAGCACGUCCCAGAUCAGCAGGAGGAGCUGGCGAAAUUCCUGGAGACCGAAACCAGCGCAGAGGAGAGCCCAAAGCCGGCGCCCAAAGAGGCUCAGCGGCCGAGGAAGGCGAGACCGGCCGUCUCCAAGGAGAAGUCUGUCGUCCAGAUCGCUCCUGCUGGCAAGGCCUUCCUCCUAUCCGCCAUGCUGCAGUGGCGCAUGGUGCGGCCGACGGAAGCACCGCAAGACGUUGGCUGGGAGCUGCCGCUGAAGAACCUGCGCGUUUGGGUGAAGCUCCUUGAAGGAGGCAGCUGGCCGCAAUUGUCCUUCAGAUCAACGCAAGGGUCAGGAAUCACUGCUACCUUUGGAGCCGACAGGCGUUGCACGCUGGUGGGCGAGCAGACAGUGAGGUCAGAGGCAAUCAACACGACAGAGUGCUGUUUUCAGCUCCGGGUGUUCGGCACGGGCAAGUGCGAGUUUAGCCUGGGCGGCUGGCGGGGCUCCCAGGUCAUCGAUGACUUGGGCGUUGGUUGGUAUCACGCCCUGGUGGUGCUUUUUUGCUCGGGAUUGAUGCUGGCAGAUGGCGCCGAGAUGCUGAUGGUCUCCUCCAUCGUUGGAGCGCUGGACGGGGACCUGGAAGCGGGGAAGAUCACCCGUGGCCUUCUGGUGUCCACCAGCUUCUUGGGCAUGCUCCUCGGGAACUUGCUGAGCGGUUCCGUGAGUGGCAGGUAUGGUCGAUGGUGCGCUUGCAUGACGUCGACUGUACUCCUGAGCUUCUUUGGCUUGCUGUGCUCGGUCAUUGAGACCAUGUUCCAGCUGUUUGUCACACAGUUUUGCCUGGGCCUGGCCAUCGGCGUGGGGGGCCCCGCCUCAGUGACGCUGCUCACGGAGACGGCGCCCACGCGGUCCCGGGGCACGGUGAGCAACAGCGCCUCCUUCGCCUUCACGUUGGGCGAGGCUUGGACUGCCUUGGGCCUUUUGCUCUUCAUGCCGGAGCUGAAGGGCCCCUGGCGGCUACUGUGCAUUUGGGGCGUGCUGCCCGCCUUGCUAGUGGCGCCAUUCGGUCUGCUGGUGCAUGAGUCACCUAGCUGGCUCCAGCUGCAUGAGCGACACCAUGAGCUGAGAGCGCUGCUGGCGAGCAUCCGGCGGAUGCAUGGGAAGGACGAGGUGGAUAUUCUUGUGCAGCCCAUGCUGUCAACGUCCAGCUCCGGAACCUUCAAGAUCCUGAUCCAAGGCGAGCACUGCAGGACCAUUGGGCUGGGCUGCACCCUUGCCUUUGUCAUGAACUACCUCUUCUUCGGGACCACGUUUGAUUUUCGCAGAGGCAGAGGGAGACUGGACAUCUCCAUCCAUGGAGAUGCUGGUGGUGGCAGCUGCAGAGCUCGGCGGGAUCUUCUUGGCCUGGUUUUUGCUGUGGCACCCAAAGAUCGGCCGCAUCGCAGCCCUGCGGCUCCUUUGCGUCUUCAGCGCGAUCUUCAGCACUUGCCUGAUCUCCGUGGUCUACGGCCUCUUUGGGAUCGCGGACCCAGCGGCCUACGGCCUCAAGGCAAUGGUGAGCGCCAUGUUUCCAGUGCUUUACCUCUACGUGUCAGAGGUGCUGCCGGUGGCGCUGCGGGCCAAAGGCGUGGGCUUCUGCAUGAGCCUGGGCCGUGUGGGCUCCGUGGCGGCUCCCGCGCUUUACGCGGUCGGCAACCACAUGGUCCACAGCGCCGGCCCUUUCAUCGCCAGCAUGGUGAUUCUUUCUGCAGCAGGUUAUGUUGCGGCCAGCCAUCUGGUGGUGGAAACUUGUGGCAGACCUCUGGACACGCCUUGCCUGGAGAUGACAAGCUGCGGGAGCUAGCUGACGCGGCGCGACGUCUCAGUGGAGCAGCUCUACAGCCUCAAGUCGAUGCAGUCGACCGGACGGACGUGGUCGGAGUGGCAGCCCGGGGCUUAGUUUGGACCAUCGCAGAUUGCUUGAAAGCUGUGACAGUUGCGGGGGGCUUCGCGGGUCAGUUUCUUGAGAGGCUGGGGCAUGAUGCUCUGCUGGACCCGGCGCUCAGCCAGGACCUGGGUAGACUCCUCACGGCUGACUUGAAGGACGCUUCCGGGAUGCCAGUGCUGAGCCACGCCGCGCGCUGUGGGGAGGUGGCAGCAGUAGGGGCUCUGCUGGACGCGAAGGCAAACGUGCACGCAAGAGAUGCCAGCCUGUGUACAGCGCUGCAUUACGCAGCACACGAAGGCCAUGUUGAGGUCGCCAAAGCCUUGCUGCAAGCUUCCGCCAGCGCGUUCGCUCGGAACUGCAGCGGAGCGACUCCGCGGGAUGUGGCCAUUCUUAGGUGGGCACCCCGCAUCCCCGGCGAGGGGGAAGCCUUCGAAGCCGAGGGCGGCGCCUGGUCAGCACGGUUCGCUCAAGAUAUCAAGAUCAAGCACUGA